AUCGCAAAUUUUUGUUUUUGCAAGUUAAGGUCGCCUGAAACUAUUUCUGAUGCACUUUGUGGUUUUUAUUGAGCUCUAGCGGAGUUGCCCUGUAUCCUGUGAUAUUUGAAACAAAAUGAAUUAAAUUCAGGAUAGUUGUCAUGAACAAUAUAUAUCCUAAUAAAUUAUUUACAAGAAGAAUCAGAAGAAGAAGAAUCAAAACAAACAUGUUAUAAGUACAAGUAUACACCCAACACAUUGUAGGCAGAGGGAAAUGCCAGAGAGGGGAAGACACCAGGAGAGAGGUGAUGUGUAUGCUGAGUACAAGAGCAGGGACAGGGACUAUUCAUACGAUGGAGACCACACUUCAUAUGAUGCCAGAGGUCGCAACCAUAAGCCAAGAGACAUGGAUGAGAGAGGCUCUGCUGGUGACAGGAGAGCUAAACAAACCAGACAGAGGGACAUGACAACUGCCUCUCAUGUGGAGCCACCUGCUUACAGAGGCGACGGCCAUGAAGGACCCUCAAGAUUGUCCAGAGAGACUUCAGUGUAUCACUCUGAAGGGCAGUAUUAUGAGCGACAGCCCAGGCAAGGGCUUUACGCUCUCAGAUACAUCCUAACCAGUAGAGGUCUCUGCCAGCUUAUGGAGUUCUUUGUGAAUCUCCUAAUUGUCAUCUGUGCCGGAGUGCCAUACAGCAACAACGGAGGUUACCGUGACCUGGCCAGCCUCGGUGGAGUCUACUAUUAUCACUUUGGUGGUGCCAAUGCCUUCACUGGAACUGAUGCAGCCAGGGUGCAGGAGCUGGACCGGCUCUUCCAUCAGCUUAAGAGGCCUCCGUACGUCUUCACUAUGGCCUGCGGCGGUGUUUUAAUGAUCUACGCCUGUGCCAUGCUCGCCCUGGGGAUUUUCAGAGUUACUUACCGCUGGCCUCCUGUGCUGCUCGGGGAGGCUCUGUUGAACCUCCUGAUUGGCCUAUGUUACAUCCCCGCACUGGCUUUCUACUUUAUUAAGCUGCAGGAAACCUACAACAAUCCUAUCUGUAAGGAGAGAGAGCAGAUGUACAAGAGCAAAGGGCACAAGGGCUUUGAGUGCCAGUUUCAUGGUGCAGAUAUCGCAGGAGGUCUCUUCGGGGUGCUGGGAGUGUUUGUUUUUAUUUUUGGAGCAGUGUUAGCUGUCAGGGCUUUCAGGUCAGUGCGAGAGCUAAAGAAGCAAAGGAUGAAUGAGGACAAUAAUUUGUGAGCUGCCUUUUCCCCUUAAAAUAUUGGGAUUGAACAGAAAUCCUUGUGACAAGGAAAUAUAUGUCUUGAUGUAAUUUUGUAUUCACUCUUGAAUAGUUGAAUGGGAUUUGUGAAUUUUUAUCCGCUUUUUAUUAUACUUUGAAGAAGUUUUUUAAUUCCAUUUUGCACAAUGAUUUAUUUUUACCACCACUUUUCUCGUUUACCUACCUGUUUACUGUGGCUGUUACAUUUUUUUAAAUAAAUGUGCUCAGAGGUCCAAUAAAUGACUCAUAUGGAAUAUAAA